UAUGUCUCUCCAUAGGUCUCUGGGCAGAAACCCAAACGUGCGUCACACCAUGAGUGGGGAGUGAAAGUGGCUGGACAAGGUUAGACUGGUCAGACAACACUAGGAGGGGAUCGGAGGCAAGAUCCUGUGAGAGGACCCAUCUCUGGAGAUACCACAUUAAUGUCCUCAGGAGCUCAUCUGGGUAGAGAGUAGGGAAGGUGCGCCUUUGGGAUAAUGUGAAUGGCAAUCACGGGCUGAACUAGCGCAAGAAAACGAUUGGUGAAGGUGACAUCAAUAAACAGGAGAACUUUUCGAAUGUAUAGACGUUUUCUGCAUGACAUUUGAAUGUUUCACGUCGGCAAUUUUGUAGCUCUUAGUCUGUAAAUACUCAACACUGAAGACUGGAUUGUGCCUAAUAUUGGAAUUUUGGAAUUAUACAGAGAGGCCAACUGAAUAUAUCUGUAGAUACCAAAAGAAUGUGCCUUAAGUUCUGAUCUAGUAAGGACUUUGUGAUAUACAACUGAGUGACAGCACAGCCUUCAUCAACUGGUGAUACUGUCUCAAUAAGGUAGCCGGACAUACUGUUGAUACAAAGUCAUGUGGACCAGCAGAACCCUCUUCAGAACUCUUCUCCCCGUCAUGUGCCUCCUGGCUCUUUGGACAUCGCUGGAGUCUGAAGCAUGCCAAGGAGACGAACUCCCACGAGAACUGGUGUUGGACUGGAUGAAGAAGCGGAUCUUGGAGGAUUUAGGGCUAAUGGAGGCACCUAAGCCGGCAGAAAAGCGACCCCUAGUGGAGAAUGCGGAUACUGCAUCCACCCACCGGCGGAACUCUCGGCGUGGUCGGGGAGACUUCGUGGCACACAGGAGGGAGCAUAAAGACAUUUUAGAGGUCAUUGUGUUCCCCAGAUCUGAUUCCACUUGUAUGGAUACACCAGACGCUCCCUCCUCCUCUGAAACCGCGGACAACGGCGUCUUCACUUACUACUACGAGCCCUCUCUGGAUGACAAGGAGACAGUUACCUCAGCCCAGUUCUGGUUCUACGCGGGAGAAGCCGUAAACGCUCCAGUUUACAUGCUCACCAGCAGGCAGGAGCUUCUGAAGGUUUCCGACACUCCGGACAAGCGCAGCGAAGACGGUUGGACUAUUUACCAUCUGGAGAAAGACCUUCACCAAGCUUUAGCGGAGGGCCCUUUCAUCCUGCAGGUGCGCUGCUCUGAGUGUGUGUGUUUAAGCUCCGAGCCAGACAAGACUCCCUUCGUGCACCUUCGCACGGUCACUAGACACCCGGAGCGCUCCCGCCGUGCGCCUCUCAUCCCGUGGUCUCCCACCGCUCUGAACUUACUCCAGCGGACCUCUUCGGACAAGACAGACCCUAGCAGCGACUGCCACCUCCAGAAAAUUGACAUCUCAUUCGCGGAGUUGGGCUGGGACAACUGGAUCGUGCACCCCAAAGAGUUCACCUUCAACUACUGCCACGGCACAUGUGCCAACUCCCAGCACACCCUGGUGCUAGGAAUCAAGCAGUGCUGCGCCCCGGUGCCUGGCACCAUGAAGUCCCUGCGUUUCACCACCACUUCAGACGGAGGCUUCUCCUUCAAGUACGAGACGCUGCCGAACAUCGUACCCGAGGAGUGCACCUGUAUUUGAUCAGCCGCAUUCAUUCACAUUGACAUUUAAUGUUACUUUACCAUUCCUUGUUCAGUAGUCAAGCCAUAUUUUGAUUCAUCAUUAAUAUCCCUAAAAUAUGGAAUUAUUGUAAGAUAAUCACAUCACAAUGAAACUGCAGCUGACAUAUACCUGUUGAUUGAAGCGUGUCUCACUUCAUUAAAGAUUCUUUAGACCAAAA